AUGGAGAAACUCCAAAUUCACCUUGACAAUUCUUCUGCUGCCUAUUUUCCAGGUCGAAACGUAACUGGAAAAAUAACUUUCAAUAUCCAUAAGCCUUUAUCUUUUUCAAUUGAUGCUCGAAUUCUCGGAGAGGCUGUUACUUUCUGGAAGCAUUGGAAUACAACUUUCAGAGAGCAUAUCCAGUUCACCUCGAAAAAUGAUCAUCUGGAUGAGUUGACUCAACUGCAGAAGUACGAAUCGGUUGCUCCUGGGGCUCACACCUUAAAUUUUUCAUUCCGAAUUCCUCAAGAAAGUCCACCUAGUUUCGAAGGGAAGUUUGGUUCGAUUCGAUAUAAAAUUCAUGUGGCUGUUUCGAGGUCCGAGAAAAAGAAAAUGGAAUCUGAACAAACGAUUUCAGUCAUGCCAUAUUUAAAUUUAAAUUCAAUUCCGAGAGGUUUACUUCCAUUGGAACACAAUAAAUCCAUUUUUUAUCUGUCUAAAGAAAUUGAAGUGAAUGUUAAAAUUCACCAAAGAGGAUUCAUAGCAGGAGAAAGGAUUCCAAUAGAAAUGACUAUCAUAAACAAAACGCGUAUAAAAACCAUUCCGAUAUUCCUGAUGCUGAUUCAAGUCACCCAUUUUGAAGCUCAACAAAAAAGUGGACACAUUUUCAAAGAAAAUUUGAAAUUCCAUCGUAACCCUAUUGAGGACAACAUUUCGGAAGUUAAAAAGGAUAUUAAAAUGAACUCAACUUGUGAAAACCUGAAUUUCGAACUGCUCAUCCCAGUGUCAACACGAUCUAGUUUCAAAACCAAGCUCAUUCAGUUGGCAUACAAACUUUUGAUCAGUGUUGGAAAUGAUAAAAAUGUGGAUUUCGAGCUACCAAUAAUCAUUGGAACUGUGUCAGUUCAACCUGAGCCACCAAGCUAUAAGAGAGCAAUGGAACGUUCAGAAGAUUGUCCUCCAAAUUAUAAUAAAUAA